CCGAUCCCGGGGCGGCCAACUUCGCCAGGCGCCUUCCACCCAGCGGGGGCCGGUCGGGCAGGGCACCACCAUGACCGAGAACUCCACGUCCACUCCCGCGGCCAAGCCCAAGCGGGCCAAGACCUCCAAAAAGUCCACAGACCACCCCAAGUAUUCGGACAUGAUCGUGGCCGCCAUCCAGGCGGAGAAGAACCGCGCGGGCUCCUCGCGGCAGUCCAUCCAGAAGUACAUCAAGAGCCACUACAAGGUGGGUGAGAACGCCGACUCCCAGAUCAAGCUGUCCAUCAAGCGCCUGGUCACCACCGGUGUCCUCAAGCAAACCAAAGGGGUGGGGGCCUCGGGCUCCUUCCGGCUAGCCAAGAGCGACGAGCCCAAGAGGUCAGUGGCUUUCAAGAAGACCAAGAAGGAUGUCAAGAAGGUGGCCACGCCAAAGAAGGCCACCAAACCCAAGAAGGCUGCUCCCAAAGCCUCCAGCAAGAAGCCCAAAGUCACCCCCGUCAAGAAGGCCAAGAAGAAGCCGGCUGCCACGCCCAAGAAAGCUAAAAAACCCAAGGUUGUCAAAGCCAAACCCGUCAAAGCAUCCAAGCCCAAGAAAGCCAGACCAGUGAAGCCCAAAGCCAAGUCCAGUGCCAAGAGGGCAGGCAAGAAGAAGUGACAGCCAAGCCCUCGCUUGCGGACACUCCUUCCUCUCUCCUCUUUUCUGUAAAUACUUUCUCCUUUCUUCUCUCUUGAUCCUCCUCACCUGCAACCCUUUGCCCAUUCUAGUCUGACUGUGUAAGACACAAUUCUGAUGCCUCAAGAAAUUGUGGACAAAUUUUUUUUUUUUCCCUUAAGCCAGUCAUGCAAGAAGAGCAGCAACACAUCUCAACUCGAGGAUGAGAAUAUACUUCUAUUUGGUUCUGGACAUUUGCUGUCAGUCUUCUGGGGUUAGGGACUUGGUUGGACUUUUGGAUUUUCCUGGGUGGCUUGUUUGCUGUGAAGGCAGAUGGGGAGGAGAAUGGGCGAGGCGGUUUGUUCUGCCCAGGAGCUCCAAGUUGGGCACUCUGGGACUGUUUGCCUUUGGUGGGGGAGCAGGGAGAGAAAGGGUGAAAAACUGGCCACCUGGCAGUGGUUGACAACAGGGGUGUCCAGGCCUGUUUCCUCCUCACUUUUUGUUAGUCUGCCCUGUGGCUUCCCUAUUGUCUUUGGGAGAGAAGGAGGAUUAACAUCGCUCCCUGCAGAAGCUGUAGCUUCUUCCAAUCAGCUGGGAACUCACCGUGUGGCUGGGGUCUUUCGGUGACUUAUGCAAAGUCUCUUGAUAAGUGGUAGUAGAAAUUUGUGGGGUAAGGGUAGGGAGUCAGUCAAUCAAGUGCCUCAGUGUGCCCUAUUGAAACUGGGGGUUUUCCACCCAUUUGGUGGAUUGCAUCCUAGAGGAAGACUUUUUUUCUUGUCUGCUCCUCCCGUAUUUGGGGUGGCUUUGCUUGGUCUGCUGAGGCUUCAGCCCCAGCUACUUUACAAGCCUCCGAUCUUUUUACUCCUGAGUCUUUGCUAGUACUGGGGGGGGGCAGGGAGAAUAGGACUUAAGUAGUUGGAAUUUGCUGCGUAGUUUUAGGUCUGGUGCAUGUGUGUCCAUAUGUAUAUAAGCGUAGCUAGGGCGAUCCAUACGCCUCAUACCAGGAGCUGGGAGAAAAAAAUCUGUACAGUUGUCUGUCUUAUUUUUAAUAGGAAGAGUGCGCACUCUUCCUCCCUCCCCUUUUUAAACAAGUGUUAUUUGUGCUGCCGGGAAGAAUUUGCUGUCGUUGUCAUUUUAAAACUUUAAAAUAAAAUUGGAAAAGGAA